CUGGCGGGCGGGCGGGCCGAGUCGGGAGGGCCGGGCCCGCGGGCUGCGGCGGCGCUGGGCUUGGCGCUGGCGCUGGCGCUGGUGGAGGCGCCAUGCAGGCCGACGCGAGCCCGGAGCGCGGCAGCCGGGUCCUGACGCCGGAGUCGGCGCCGAGCUCGGAGCCGGAGCCGGAGCCGGAGCCGAAGCCGGGCCCGGAGCCGGAGGCGGACGCGCGGGCCCGGGCCGAGUUCGCGGCGCUGCACGGCCCGGCGCUGCGCGCGUCGGGGGUCCCCGAGCGGUACUGGGGCCGCCUCCUGCACAAGCUGGAGCACGAGGUUUUCGACGCUGGGGAGAUGUUCGGCAUAAUGCAGGUGGAGGAAGUGGAGGAGGACGAGAGUGAGGAUGAGGCGGCCCGGGAGGCGCGGAAGAAGCCCAACCCAGGCGGCGAGCUCUGCUACAAGGUCAUCGUGACCAACGAGAAUGGGCUCCAGGCGGCCGACCCCAACAGCAUCUUCCUCAUCGACCACGCCUGGACGUGCCGCGUACCCCACGCCCGCCAGCAGCUGCAGCAGGUGCCUGGGCUUCUGCACCGCAUGGCCAACCUGAUGGGCGUCGAGUUCCACGGCGAGCUGCCCAGCGCCGAGGCCGUGGACAUGGUGCUGGAGGAGAUGUGGAAGUUCAACCAGACCUACCAGCUGGCCCACGGGACGGCCGAGGAGAAGGUGCCGGUGUGGUACAUCAUGGACGAGUUCGGCUCGCGCAUCCAGCACUCGGACGAGCCCAGCUUCGCCACCGCACCCUUCUUUUACAUGCCGCAGCAGGUGGCCUACACGCUGCUGUGGCCCCUGAGGGACCUGGACACGGGCGAGGAGGUGACCCGGGACUUCGCCUACGGGGAGGCCGACCCGCUGAUCCGGAGGUGCGUGCUGCUGCCCUGGGCCCCCACCGACCUGCUGGACCUCAGCUCCUCCACGCCCGAGCCGCCCGCCGAGCACUACCAGGCCAUUUUGGAGGAAAACAAGGAGCAGCUGCCGCUGGCCAUCCAGCCGGCGGUGUAUCCCUGCGGCCACAUCUUCAGGGUCUAUACGGACAUCCAGCAGGUGCUCAGCCACCUCACCCACCCUCGCUUCACCUUCACCCAGAGCGAGGAGGACGCCGACAUCCUCUACAACUUCUCACACUUCAAGGACUACGGGAGGCUGAGCCGGGAGAGGCCCCACGUGCUGCUGAACCAGUUCCCCUGCGAGAACCUGCUAACGGUGAAGGACUGCCUGGCCUCCAUCGCACGCCGGGCAGGGGGCCCCGAGGGCCCGGCCUGGCUGCCCCGCACCUUCAACCUGCGCACUGAGCUGCCCCAGUUCAUCAGCUACUUCCAGCAGCGGGAGAGGCGGGGCGAGGACAACCACUGGAUCUGCAAGCCCUGGAACCUGGCCCGCAGCCUGGACACCCACGUCACCCAGAGCCUGCACAGCAUCAUCCGACACCGCGAGAGCUCCCCCAAGGUUGUGUCCAAAUACAUUGAAAGUCCCGUCUUAUUCCUUCGAGAAGAUGUGGGGAGGGUCAAGUUCGACAUCCGCUACAUCGUGCUCCUGCGGUCGGUGAAGCCUCUGAGGUUGUUCGUCUAUGAUGUGUUCUGGCUGCGGUUCUCCAACCGGCCCUUCGCACUCAGUGAGCUGGACGACUACGAAAAGCAUUUCACUGUCAUGAACUACGACCCGGAAGUGGUGCUGAAGCAGGUGCACUACAAUGAGUUCAUCCCGGAGUUUGAGAAGCAGUACCCAGAAUUCCCCUGGAACAGCGUCCAGGCGGAAAUCUUCCAGGCCUUCACGGAGCUGUUCCAGGUGGCGUGCGCCAGGCCGCCCCCGCUGGGCCUCUGCGACUACCCCUCCUCCCGGGCCGUGUAUGCCAUUGACCUCAUGCUGAAGUGGGACAGCCGUCCAGAUGGGAAGCAAGUGAUGCAGCCGCAGCUCCUAGAGGUGAACUUCAACCCAGACUGUGAGCGAGCCUGCAGGUACCACCCGACCUUCUUCAAUGAUGUCUUCAGCACCUUGUACCUGGACGAGCCUGACAGCUGCCCCGUCACCCGCCUCGUCUAGGCGCCCGCUGGCCCUUCUGCGGGUGCUCGAGGGCGGAUUCCAGCCUCAGUUCCCAGAGCUGCUUCUGCAACGUCCCCCCGCUCCUCCUCCCCCGCCCUGCGAGCCAUCGUCCCAGCCUCGCACCCUGGGGGCUCAGGGGCCCUUCUCCCGUCAGUCAGGAGCAGGGCCGGUCACGCUGUCCCCGGGGCUGAGCACCAGGCCCCUGUCCACACUCCGCUCACCACCAUCCGUGCGGUGGUCAGUCUCCGCUCAGCCAAGGGCUUUACUCCAGAGAGUUUGGUUCCUGGGGUGCUGUGCUUCCAGAGGGGGUCAGGGAAAGGGGUUCAGAAACGAGGUUCCCCAGGAGCACCCGAGGGAGCCCAACUGCUAACAGGCCCUGCCUGGCGGCCUCCCGCCCCCCACCCCAGGCCCUGUGACGGGCGUCCCCUGAGAGCCUGCCUCUCAGGCCCAGCCUUCUCACCCCCGCCAGUCGAACCUUCACCAGCAGACCUCCCUGGAGGCUCCAGGGCAGGACGGCCACUGCCUGUGGUUACUGUUGCCUUUCCGUCUGGCCUGGUGGGAAAGGGCCAAAUGUGGCACCAGUGCCUCCCCGCCCGCUGGGCACUGCGGUGGUCCCAGCCUCGGCUGAGGUUGGCCGGGACGCUCCAGUGAGGGGCUCGGGGACGAGCGGAGCAGCCGGCAGUGGGGGGCCGAGAAGGAUGAUCCCAGGGAGAACUUCCUGUUAGAGUCAGAUGUCGUCUUCCGCUGGCUAGAGUCAGAAUGUGGGGGUUUUGUUAGUUUUUCAUCUAGGGGAAAAAAUAUAAAAUUCUCGUUCUUAAUUUUGCUUCUGAAAUUUUGAGUCAGUUUCCAGGAUAGUUUGUAUCGCCACAGUGUACCUGGCCCAGCUAACCAGACAGCGGGUCUGACUUUUGUGAGGGAGCUGCCUGCAGAGCUUUCGCGCGUGCGCGUGCGUGUGUGUGUGUCGGGGUGCUUGUUCCAUUCUGAAGCCAAGAGUGAUCCUUGUAGCAAAACUGGACUUGGUUGUGCCUCCCACCUCUGCGUCUGUUGGGGUGUGUCUGCCCAUCCUCUCUGUUAACCAGAAGUUCAGCCUGUGUUCUGGGGAAACACCCUUCCCUGCAGCCACGUAGAGGUUGAGAGGGCAGGACACCUCAUCUCUGGUUUUCUCCGUGGGAGAGCUGCUGCGUCCUGUCCCCUCCUGUACUUGAUUUAUACCACAAUAAAAUACGCCU